AUGGGUUUGAACCAAAUCUUCAAGAGGCCCGACAAGGCGGCGACGGUGGAGACUCAGAGGGAGGCUCCCACUUUCGAAAAGGUUAUCUGGUACCGUGAUCCCGGCCUGCGUCUCCUGUACUGGCAUUGCUUUGUGCUCUGUUGGUCCUCAGCCACGUCGGGCUACGAUGGCAUGUUUUUCAACUCAGUUCAGAAUUUUGAUUCUUGGGUGAGCUUCUUUGACGAGCCUGACGGUACUCGUCUCGGUCUUCUGGGGGCCUCCUACCAGAUCGCCUCCGUCGUCUCCAUCCCCGUCGUGCCCUACAUCGCCGAUCGCUGGGGCCGCAAGGUGUCCAUUGUCAUUGGUUUCAUCAUCAUGAUUGUCGGAGCCGUCCUCCAAGGCUCUGCUCAGGAGUUUGGUGCCUUUAUUGGCGGCCGUGUCCUCCUCGGCUUUGGUUACCCCUUUACCCAGCUGGCUUCGCCUAUGCUUCUUGCCGAAAUCGCUCACCCCCAGCAUCGCGCCCGUAUGACCACUGUCUACAAUUGCUUGUGGAAUGGUGGUGCCUUCAUUGUUGCUUGGGUUGCAUUCGGUACCGACUUUCUCGGUAAUGACUGGUCGUGGCGUAUUCCUGCUAUCCUCCAGGGCGCCCCCUCCUUCUUCCAGCUCCUCGUGAUUUGGUGGGUCCCUGAAUCUCCCCGGUACCUCAUCUACCAUGACCGCCAUGAGGAGGCACUCAACAUGCUGGCCAAGUACCACGCCAACGGCGACGCUGGGAACCCGACAGUACAGUUCGAGUACCAUGAAAUUAGUGAGACUAUCAAGCUCGAGAAGGCCGUCAGCAAGAGCUCGAGCUAUCUCGAUUUCUUCCGUACAAAGGGCAACCGCUACCGCCUCAUGAUCCUUAUCUCCCUCGGCUUCUUCUCCCAGUGGUCCGGGAAUGCCAUCGUCUCCAACUACAGCGCCAAGGUUUACGAGUCGGUCGGCGUCACGCACUCGACCGCGAAGCUUGGUCUCAGUGCCGGUCAAAUGUCCAUGUCGUGCAUCGUUGCCCUCUUCUUCGCCACUAAGGUUGACCAGUGGGGCCGCCGUCCUAUCUUUCUCAUAUCCACUGCCAGCAUGUUCGUCUGCCUCGUAUUCUGGACGCUCUGCUUCGCCCUCUACGAGGUCUACGACAUGCCCGGUGCUGAUACGGGCGUCAUAUUCCUCAUAUGGCUCUUCAGCUUCGCAUACGCCAUCGCCUGGUCCGGCUUGCUCAUCGCCUAUGCUGUCGAGAUCCUGCCCUACACCUUGCGCGCCAAGGGUCUUAUGGUUGUCAAUCUCUGCGUCCAGGCUGCCCUAGCUCUUAACAAUCAGGCCAACCCUGUCGCAUUUGACUAUUGGGCCGGAGAGACCUGGAAGCUCUAUAUUAUCUAUGUUGCAUGGGUUCUCUUCGAGCUGUUCUUCGUCUUCUGGAAGUACGUGGAGACUAAGGGCCCUACCCUUGAAGAGCUCGCCAAGAUCAUUGAUGGCCCCGACGCCCCGGUGGCAUCGAUUAAUAUCGGGAAGCUUGAAUAUGAACAUGAUGAGAAGAAGGCCGAGAUUGAGGUGCAUCACGAUGGCGAACACAAGACGUUUGCUUGA